AUGUCAAAACAACAGGAGGACAUAAACCAAGUUCACAAGAACACCCUGGACCUGCUCACCCAGAGCGCGAAAGAGCUGCUAAAGCUGCAAGAGGAGCUGGCAUUAAAAGAUGACCUCCUUAUUAAAAUGACACAAAAGGAGCAGGACAGAGAAAAGGAGAACGUGAACACCUUGGACCUGCUGGCCCAAAGUGAGGCCAAAUUAGCUGACCUGCAAGAGCAGCUAAAAACCAAGACCAACCUCCUAGAAUCCACUGAUAAAAAGGAGAAGAAUAUGCUCAAGGCCCAUAUCGAGCAACUUGCAGCAAAAGAAACAGAGUUUCGAAAACUCCAAGAGGAGCUGAGCCAGAAGGACGACCUGCUGAGAAGGGCCCAGAUAACAGAGCAGGAUACAAAACAGGCCCACAAAGACAUGAUCGACCUGCUGGCACAAAAAGAGUCAGAGUUGGGCAAGGUCAAAGAUGAGCUGAGGCUCAAAGAUGAGCUGGUCCAGAAGGCAACUGAAGAACAGCAGAACUCAUCCAAGGCCUAUGAAGACCAGCUGGCCAACAAAACCUCUGAAGUCUGCAGGCUUCAAGAAGACCUCAAGGUUAUGGGAGAGGUCCAGUGGAGAGCUAUUAAAAAGAGACGUAAGCGCACCAGAGCUUACAUUGACACCCUGGACCUUCUCAACAAAAAGGACCUGGAGCUUCGGAGGAAUGAGGAGAGUUGGCUUAAAAAAUACAACGAUCUGCAGAAGUGUCUCCAAGACCAAACCAUCAACCUGCAGGUACUUCAGAGCUCAGAUAUAUUACAGAUCAUCAAAAUAAUCACUUCUUUGAUUCUCUAGAGAAUAUUUUAAGGUUUCUGCUGAAUCAACUAACACACAGAUACUUUCUUAGCUCCUCCAGGAGGAAAAGAGACAACAACAGGAGGAGGAGGAGAAAAAUUAG